GUCUGACCAAUAUGACCCAUACGUUCCAAAGAAUGGUUCCGCAGGCGGAGCACCGACAACAACUGCCAUGAUACAGGCACAGAUCGACGAAACUGUCGGUAUCAUGCGUGACAAUCUUAAUCGCGUUGCCGACAGGGGAGAAAGACUCGACGCUUUGCAAGAUAAGACCGAGAACCUUUCCGUCUCCGCUCAAGGCUUUAGACGAGGUGCCAACAAAGUAAGGAAGCAAAUGUGGUGGAAGGAUAUGAAGAUGAAGAUUAUCAUUGCGAUUGCUAUCCUUGUUUUGCUGGUUAUAAUUAUCGUCCCAGUCGUUGUCUCAAACAAAAACAAAAAAUAA